UCUUUCACCGAAGAAGAAGAACACGUGUUUCCUGUGUUAUCCUCGCAUGGGAAGCAGUCAGCCUCGUAAAUACUUCAGAGUUAGUCAGUGAAAGGUUUUAAAAAUGGUCCGUAAAUUGAAGCACCACGAGCAGAAGCUGCUGAAGAAGGUGGACUUCAUCAACUGGGAGGUGGACAACAACCUGCACGAGGUCAAAGUGCUGCGGAGGUUUCGCAUCGAGAAGAGGGAAGACUACACCAAGUACAACAAGCUGAGUCGUAACAUCAGAGAUCUGGCCCAGAAAAUCAGAGACCUGGAUGAGAAAGAUGGCUUCAGAGCUCAGAGCUCACAUCAACUCCUCGAAAAACUGUACAGUAUCGGUCUCCUCCCCACCAAACAGAAUCUGUCCCUCACAGAGAAAGUCACAGCUUCGUCAUUCUGCAGGAGGAGGCUGCCCAGCAUCAUGUUGAACCUUCGUAUGGCUCAGAACCUGAAGACAGCCAUCACCUUCAUCGAACAAGGACAUGUGCGUGUUGGCCCAGACAUCGUCACAGACCCGGCGUUUCUAGUCACAAGAAAUAUGGAAGAUUUCGUCACUUGGGUGGACUCCUCCAAGAUCAAGCAGCAUGUCAUGAAUUAUAAUGAUGAGAGGGAUGACUUUGAUCUGGUGGCAUAAGUCUGUUGCACAACGUUCUUUCAUCACCCUCGAGGACAGGAAAUGGACAAGAACUCUGCACCUGUAACUGUGGAGUGAAUAACUCUACUGGCCAGGAGUCAACAGCUUGAAUCACAUAUCAACUUGGAAAUUAUGGAAAGAAAAUAAAUGCUUUCACCUCAACAAGUUUCAUCUGAGCAAGGACAGAAGGAGCUCUCUUCCAAACUUAACAUGAUUCACAGAACACCUGUCUUCUGAUGAUCAACCAGAAUAAAUCUGAUUCUGGGGGUCAGGUGGCUCAUCUUAGUGCCCAUCAGUGUCACCAUUUGACUCUUUUCUUUAAACCUGCUCAGCCACCAGACACUCAGUUGUUUCCUGCAGAGCCACUCCACCAUCACACUGGUUGUACAGAACAGCUUCCAGUGUUGUGACUCUGCAUUAUGUGUUCUUUGGGUGAACCUCAGCUGGCUUCACAGGGUUAGUAUGUAUGUGACCAUGGAAAUGCUGGUUUAUAAGUGUGUAUACCAUAAAAGGACUGUCACUCUCACGCUCAUAUUAACACAACUUUUUUUAUUUUUUUAUUUUUUUACAGCAGCUGUAAAAUAGAAACUUAAAAUUUGAUAAAUAUUUAAUUUUUUCAGUAAGACUUGUUACAAUGUAAACUUUGAACAAUAAACAUUCUUUUAUCACAGUA